AUGAUUCAAUAUUUUCUGGGCAAAUCUCCAUAUUUCAAGGAUGCGAGAAUACAAAUCCACCAUCAGAUUAAGCAAAUCAUUGUGGGAAGUCCGCAAAUUUGCCGAGCAAAGUCUUACUACUCAUGUAGUUGUUCUUCUUCCCGCAACUCCCAGUACGGUCCCCGAUAUGCGUGGUCAGCCUAUGAGCAAAGUUUAGUAAUUGGAUCGUAUUUUUGGGGAGUUGUCGUAACCACGUUCAUUGCUGGAGUACUUGCUGAACGUUAUGGUGCGCGAAAAGUGGUUGGCGUUGGUUUAACAGCUGCCGCAAUACUAUCUGGAGUAACACCAGUAGCAGCAAAUUAUCUAUGGCUCUCGAUUGGUGUUCGUUUUGGCAGUGGAAUGGCAAUGGCAACGAUUUCCCCGUCAAUGCAAUCUCUAAUUUCGAACUGGGCACCACCAAACGAAAAGGGCAAGUUUCUGUCUGCGUAUAUGGCCAAUGGUCUUGGUACAGUCAUAGAUUGGUCCAUGUCUGGUUUCAUAAUCGAAUACUAUGGAUGGCAUUACGGAUUUUAUGUGGUCGUUCUCAUACUCGGUGUAUAUGCAGCAGCAUGGCACUAUAUUGUCUACGAUUCGCCAAAGGUUCACCCUCGGAUAUCAACAGAAGAGAAGGAAUUUAUUUUAAGCAAAGUGAUCGUCGCACCAACGAAGAAACCCUGGCCGCCAAUUAAGUCUAUGAUGCUCUCAGUACCAUUUUGGGCUCUGACCAUAUUCCAUUUUGGGCUUUUAUUUUCACUGUACGUCUUCCUCACAGCAGCACCGAAAUACUUGAGUGACGUUCAUCAUUUCGAUAUAGCAGCAACGGGCGUUUUAAGUAGCAUUCCGUACAUCGCAAGAUUCAUCUUCGCGAUUGGCUUCGGAUUUCUUGGGGACUUUAUGUUUAAAAGGAAAUUGAUGAGUGCA